CAUCCAUUUUCAAUGUCCCAGAUCCCGAGGGAUAUCUAGAAUGAGUUCCCGCCUUUUUAACUCGCAGGCAAUGCCUAUGAGAGCUCCUCCAUCUCCUUCCCCCCAAAACCACCGCCCUUUUAAUUCCAUCAAUUCACAUUAAACACCUCCAUUUCCUCAUAAAUUUCAAAACCCCAUCUCCCUCUCCAUCUCUAAACAAUGGGUAACUGCGCUCCUAAACCUAAGCGAUCAUCGCCACCUCCCCGCCGAUCAUCGUCUCCGGUGCCGGCGACGAUGACCUUCCAGCUAUUUGGAUCCGAGUCCUGCCCAAUCGCCGCCAGGAUCCGCAUCUCUCUCCUCUACAAGUACUCCACCUUCCAGUUCAUCCCCUCGGAAUCCCCAAUCCUCCACCACCCUGUCCUCCGCUGCGGCUCUCAGAGCAUCUCUGGAUCCGCCGACAUGAUCCUCCGCUACAUCGACUCCACAUUCCCUGGACCUCCAUCCCCUGCGGAGAAUGGAACUGAUCGCUCAUCGGUAGCAGCGGAGUUAAGGAAUGCUGUGGGUUUACAGCACCGUAGCAUCGAGCAGCAUCUUGAGGGGGUGUCACGUUGGGCGGAGGAGAUUGCCAGCGGUGGCGGGGGAGGGAGGAUCGCCGCCGGAAGGAGGUAUGCAGAGCUUGUGGAGAUAAUGCUGGAGCACGCCCAGAUGGAGGAGCGAUUCCUUUUCCCUCUCUUGGAAAAGGCCGCCGAGGACAGAGGAUUAUGUGGGGUGGCAUAUGGAAAGCAUGCAAAGGAGCUGCCGAUGAUGAAUGGGAUCAAGGAGGACAUGAAGUCAGUGAUAGCGAUGGGGCCAAAGGCGCCGUGCUACCAGGAAGCCAUGCUGAAUCUUUCACAGCGUUUGAAAACCUUGCAGGAACACUGCAAAGAGCACUUCCAGAAAGAGGAAAGAGAACUACUACCACUACUAAACACUGCAGAGAGUAUUGGCAAAGAAGAAGGAGAAGAAACAGAGAGAUGGUUGGACAAAGUCAUGGAGCUCAUGGAGGUCACACACUCUCAACUCUUUCCCUUCUUCAUGUCAGGCCUCCUUCCUCAUGAGUCCAUGAAAUACAUAGAAUUGCUUUGCAAAUCCAUUAAAGAUCAGCAGCAAUUGCUCUUGCUUCUUAAAUCACUAAUUACCUCAUUAGAAAGGGAAAGAUGAUGAUCUAUUUCUCCCACUAUCCAAAAGAUCCCUCUCAAUAUCCUUCUUUGUUUUCUUCACUGAUGUACAGACUUACUCCGAUGAUUGAUGAAUCUUUUAUAAGAAUAUUUUGGGUUAAUUUUCUUGAUAAAUUAGUCAACUUUGUCAAAAUACCAGUUUGCUCACCGAAUUUUGGUUUGUUUCAAAAUGCUCAUUAAAGUCACUAACUA